UUUCUUUGAGAGAGCUUCUAUUGAAUUUCGUUGGUGAAAAUGACUGGCCGUGGUAAGGGAGGAAAAGGUUUGGGAAAGGGAGGAGCGAAGCGUCACAGGAAAGUUCUUCGUGACAACAUCCAGGGAAUCACGAAGCCUGCUAUUCGCCGUUUGGCUCGUCGAGGCGGUGUUAAACGCAUCUCUGGCCUGAUUUACGAAGAAACGCGUGGUGUUCUCAAAGUCUUUCUGGAAAAUGUCAUCCGUGAUGCAGUUACGUACACCGAACAUGCCAAGAGGAAAACUGUCACUGCCAUGGACGUGGUCUAUGCGCUGAAGCGUCAAGGACGCACUCUCUACGGUUUUGGUGGUUAAUUUGUUUCUCGAGUUCUCAGUUACUGACCGUACACAACACAAGGGCCCUUUUCAGGGCCACAAACUUUUUCAAUACGUAAUUGGAACAAACCUUUUUACCAUAAUAGUUCAAUUUAUAAUUUAGCUUGGUCCUACCACCUGCAAUACAAGAAUUAAUGAAUACACUUAAUAAAAAAACAAUCACAAAAAAAGGGAAUAAAAGAAGUGGAAAUAGUGAUAAAACCUAGGAGGACUUGCAAAAAAAUAAAAUAAUAAAAAGUAGUUGUAGCCUGUAACUAUUAAAAAUAGAUUUGAGGUUCUUUCCGAAGAACAACAAGGAGAGAUAGAAAACAUGAAACAUGAAAACUAAAAGCUACUGAAAGAAAAGGAUUUGCAACACCAUACCAGAGAACAUAUAUUAUAUAUAUAAUAUAUGAAUCAUAUCUGGCAGAUAUUAUAUAUAUAAUAUAUAUCUGACCAUACUCACCCACUGAAAAGUGAAAAACCUAAAAAAAAUAGUAUUGAAAGGACUGCCAAACCUAGAAAUAGAAGAUGUUAGAUCUAAGUGAACAAAAGCUAAAAGUGAUAAAUUGUGCGCAAUUGACACAAAAAGGUGAUAAACCAUAUAAAUAUCCAAUAUAUUUGUUAACAUUUGUUAAAGACCACCGUAGGUAAACCCGACGACGCCCACGGUCGGUAACACGCGUCGACAGAGGGCAGAGCAGGGUCCUAGGUGGCGCGCGGGAGGAGGGCAGCCGGAAACAGGUCGAGAGUUGAGAGAGUUCGAAUGUGAUAACGGAAAAGGGUAGACGUACAAAAAGUUAGUGAGAUUAACGCGAUAUAGGAAAAGAUACGAAUCACGGGAGCCAUCGACCCGCAUCGAGGCAACGGCCGGCGGAUCGAAGGCGAUCGAGGCGCGGAACGGGACUUGUCGAUUUCCUCCGACAUUCGGGAAUUGUAUCGAGUGAAACCACGUGGCAGGGGGUGACGAGACCUUUCGCAGGUGUGAACACCGACGGACAUCGAGUCCAUCGUGGGCUACUCGUUAUCAAUUGUAACCCCGACAAAAUAAAGUCGCCUAUUUCAUGUAGACACCGCAAAUACGUUACUACCAUACAAAGCACCCACCACGUUUCCCUUCUCUAGCCGCAUGCAGGGAUCCACGAGCCACCAGGUGAUCACCCCUGACAUCGAGCUUGGAAGGAAAAGGAGCGAAGAACUUAACACAUUAAACCCAGAUACAGCAUUUAGGGAAAUAAUGAGUAUAACAUAUGUAUGCUCAGUAAAAAUAAAAUGGGAACAAUAUAAAAACAGUAAAAUGGUGAUACAGUGCAGAAAAUGUCAAAGGUGUGGCCAUGGAACAAUAAACUGUAAUAACAAACCCAGAUGUGGGAAAUACUUAAAACCACAUCUAAUGAUAAACUGUGAUAAAGAGGAAGAAACUCCACCAUAAUGUGUAAACUGUUUGGAACAGCACCCUACAAAUUACAGCAAGUGUCCAGAAUAUUUUAAACAGAUAGAAAAAAUAAAGCAACUAAAGGAUUUGAGAAGACUUACAGAACAGGAUAAAAUGAAGAAAACAGACCAACCGUCAGAAAUUAAAAAUCAAAAGCAGUGCCCAACACUACCCCAAAGUAAAGUGACGGAUGGACGAACAGACGGAGUAACAUGAAAAAUAUAGCAAGAUGAAGUCUUAAUGGAUAAUGGGCGAUCAUCGCAACCAACUGAAAUCAAUCAAAUUAAGGACAUACAACAGCUACAAGAACUAGUACAGGAAUUAAAAAGGAAGGAUAGAGAUGGGGAUAUGCCAGCAGGUGGACUAGCUAUUCUGGUGAGAAAAAACUUAGUAGUCACUGAAACAGAAAUAUAAAUAGUGUCGAUAGAAGCAUUAGGUGUCAAAUUAGAAAAAAAUUUUAUCAUCGUAGCAGCAUAUGCUAGACCGAUGGGAAAUUUGUUAAAUAAUGACUUAGAUAGGAUAUUCAACUUGGGAAACAAGGUGCUGGUAGUAGGUGAUCUAAAUGCUAAACACAAAAUGUGGUAUUGCAGCUAUAACAACUCUAAUGGAGCAAAAAUCUUUAAAUACAUAUGUAACAGUGACUGCCUGGUAUUGAAACCUGAUGGACACACACUAUUUCCAUAUAAUGAAACAAAACCCAGUGUUGUGCAAGAUUAAAAAAUAGAUAAUCUAGUGCAGAUCAAGAUUUUGAUCCACAAAAUGUAUCUAGAUCAGAUACAGAUGAUAUUAUCAUUUUUUAAUCUAGAUUUAAGAUUACGCAAUUGGUCAUCUAGAUCAUAGAUCAAACCAAGGAUUAAAAAAUUAAGAUAUAGGAAGCUUUCACAGCUUUAGGUCUGUUCUUUAUAGCGUCUUUUGUGCUCCGGAGAAAGUAUCAACUGUGCACGAGCCUUAAUCAAGACACAACAGUCUGUGGUUUCCGAUUACUCACUUGUGUAGACUUAUGUCAACGCAAGCGAUAUCAUUGGUUGUUUCCCAAAUACUCCGUUGGAGCCAGCGAAUAGCGAGACUUCGUGUCAAUAAAAGUCGGCACAAAUUGAAUAAUUGGCAUGCACCUAAUGCUGUGGGGAGUUUUCUAGUUAUUAAGGUUAUUUUAUAAUGGGACGUUGUCGGCAGACGUUUGUCGAAAGUCAUUUCUAUUAGGGACGUUCUACAGUGGGACGUUGUCGGUAGACGUUUGUCGCAAGUUGUUUCUACAAGCCAACCAUAGCAACGAAAAAGGUGGAAAAAUCAUUUUGAUUGGUAUAUAGAAAUGACUUACGACAAAUGUCUACCGACAACGUCCCAUUGUAGAACGACCCUAAUGGCCAGUUUCUUCAGUUUCGGAUAAAUCCCUAGCUAACCAAUCAUUUUAAUGUUUUAGGAGUUUAUCCGCAGGAUAAAUAUUAUCCCAAGGUGAAGAAAUUAGCCAUAAGCCAAUUAGAAUUAAAUCCUCUGCUUUUUUUUCGAUGUUACGAUUGGUUUGUAGAAUUGAACCAUGA